GUGACUAUUAUACUUUUAUUUGGAAAAUCGCAUCCGGUAUGAGCUGCCAGUGUCGAGCUUGAUGCAGCCGCAGCCUCCUGCUCAGAUCAGAGAGAGCAGGUUCACACAACAAGAGGUUCAGGUUUGACUGGAUGUCAAAGAAAGCUGCGGGCUCCGCUGAGAUGAGCUUCAAAGAGUGAGAGAAAAGGACGAGGAGAGCAGAGUCAGAAGAAGAAGCAUUACCAGGAGAAGCAGCAGGCAGAAUGCCAAAGGUGGUGGAGGACCAGACACCAGCCACAAAAAACGGGCCCAGCCACAGUGAUAAUACUUUACUCCGGAGGGAAAGCAAAAAAAAAGUGGAGAAGUGUCCUGAGUCAGUAAUACAACAUGGUGAUUCACAGCAGGAAAACCAGGAAGAAGAAGAGCAGGAGUCUGCCUCCUGUCCCUCUGAUGCUAUGCAGGUGGGUGGCUCCACUGCACGCAAACAUCUGGCUGCACCUGAUGGAGGCUGGGGCUGGGUGGUGCUGGUAGCCACCAUGUUGGUUCUGUCUCUGACCCUGGCCCUUCCUUCAUGCAUGGGUAUCUUCUACACAGACCUUCAAACAGAGUUCAACGCCAGCAACACAGAGACCUCCUGGGUGCCGGCCAUCAUGACUGCCAUGCUGCAUGCUGGGGGUCCUCUAUGCAGCAUGUUAGUGGAGCGUUUUGGUUGCCGGGCAACAGUGAUGGUAGGUGGGCUCUUAAGUGGACUGGGCAUGGUGUUUUCCUCCCUGGCCAGGACUUUCACUGACAUUUACAUCACUAGCGGCAUCACAGGACUGGGACUCUGCUUCUCUUUCCAGCCAUCUGUGACCAUGAUGGGUCACUACUUUGAGCGACGUCGUGUCUUUGCUAAUGCCUUGUCAACCACUGGGACAGCUGUCGGCCUGAGCAGUUUACCCUUAAUUACUAAUGCCCUGCUCGGUCAGUUUGGCUGGCGUGGCAGCUUCCUGAUUCUGGGUGGGAUGCUGCUAAACUGUUGUGUAUGUGGGGCAUUGAUGAGGCCCGUUGCAUCUAACAAACCCAGAAACUCUCAGGUUUGGGAGAAAACAAGCAAUCUCUCCCUGCAGAAGGAGACAAAAGGGCUAAAAGACAUUAUAGCAUUCCUAUACAGACAUAUGGCCUUUGACUUGCUAGUGAGUAAUGCUCGCUACCGUGCUUAUACUGUGGGUGUGACCUGGACGGUACUGGGAUUCCUGUUGCCUCUCUUGUAUUUGGUGCCUUAUGCUACUCACCAUAACAUAACAAUAGACCAUGCCGCCUUCCUGAUGUCCAUCCUGGGCCUGGUGAACAUUGCCGUGCGACCUAUGGCUGCCCUUGUGUUGGGCAUGCCACGCUUCAAGGGCAGCAGUAUGAUUGUGUACGUGUUUGCUGGUGCUGUGCUCAUUAACGGGCUGAGUAACUGUAUCUGCGGAGCGUGGACCUCCUUCGAAGCUCUCCUGCUGUACGUGGUGACCUUUGGUCUAUCCAUGAGCGUGGGUUCCUCGCUGCUCUACACUGUGCCGAUGGACAUGGUGGAGAUGAGCCUCUUCCCCUCAGCUCUUGGACUUCUCUGCAUGCUGGAAAGUUUGUCUCUGCUAAUUGGUCCACCACUAGCAGGCCUGUUGGUGGAUCUCACCGGCCAGUAUUCAUACGUCUUCUAUGCGUGCGGUGUGUGUGUAUCCUCCGGCGGCUUCUUUCUCAUGGGCUCCUUCUACUUCCUGGACAGUAAACAAGAUAAGGUGGAGGAGAAGAAGAAGGAGAGUAUGAAGACGCCAUCUGAUCUCUAUCAGAAGCCUGUUGUAGUCCUGGCCCCUGACUGCCAGUACGUUGCCUCAAAUGGAAGAACAUCAGAAAACCCAGUGUAUGCUACCAGUGUGUGAUUCAAGUACACAUGUAAUGUUCAAGAACAGUAUGGGAUUUUUUUUCCCUACAUUUUAAAGUUCAAAUUGGUCUGAAUUUUAUGAUUUUUAAUGGUGUGGUGGUGUUGACCACUGUAAGUUUAAUUUGAUAUUACCUUUUUUUUUUUCUUUUUUUUUUUUACUGUGGGGCACUUCUUAGUGCCAUUCCACACAAACUGAAUUCGAUACUCUAGUGUACUAGUGUUUUAUAAUUGAUUUCUAUGAUGAAAUAAAAACUAGCACACAACUGUA